CAUAUUUAGCAGCAGCAUUCCUGUAUGAUAUUUUGUUGAGACUUGAAUAAUGUGCAACCUUAGAGAACGUUGUUAUGAUUGGGGACUCGCUUAUAUAGUACUUAUGGGUUUAUGUGGUUCCAUUCUUCGAUUUUCAUUCGUAAUAGCUGCAUUAUUUAUUAGCGUUAUACCAAAUGCAACAAUAAUUAGCUCUGGAGAUUCUACUAUUGGUGACAUGCUAGAUGACAGUUCAGCACUUUUUGAAGUUAAUAGUCCUGCCAUUGCUGAAGUAAAAUUUGAAAUCUACCAUGAAUAUACAAUUUUUGAAACUGAUCACAUUCCUCCAAUUAUCACUGAGGACCUUCAUUCUCAGCAAAUUUAUAUUUCAGUAUUGUGGAGAAAGGUAUAUGAUUUAAAUUAUCUUGGAAGCUACAACCCAUUUUAUUUACUUGCCGGAUCUUCAAUUCAGUAUAACAUAACAAUAGAACCUACUGAAAUGCUUAAUUUAGAAAAUGCAGCUUGCCUGUAUCUUUUUGAUAACAGGACUAGUUUUAAUAAUUUUGUCAACUCAAAUCUAAAUAGUCAAGUAAUAAUAGCCCGUCAUUGCUUUACAUCAAAUGCCACAUAUAGCUAUUUCUUUAACAUUACAACUGAUGGAGUAUAUUAUGUGGGGGCUGAGGUGGAGAGUGGCUUCACCAUUCAAGCUAAUGGUUCUGUUGUAUGUAAACGUUAUAAUACUACUGGACUUAAACAAACUUGUGAUCAUUCACAUACCUGCACUGUCACUGUGUGUAACACAUUCAUUUGUGCUGAUGAAUCUACCACAUACUUUUUAAUUCAACCAACUAACACUACUGAUAUGCUCCAUACAUUUUCCAGCUCAAUACUCCAUGGAUCAAUAUAUGAUGGUUUUAUUGCAACAACUGUAUUGGGAAUUUUUUUUUGCUGCUGCUGUUGCUGCUUAAAUUGUUUUUCAAUGUGUAUAAUUCCUCAUAUGGACUGUGAUCAUUUUAGUCUAGUUCCUGUUAUGGAUGCCUUAUUUGAUUGUUGUGAAGGUUGCCAUAAAAAGAUGACACGAAGACGACAAUUUGAUUCAAGAAUUUCUCAUAAAACUAGAGGCAGUGUUGAUUCAUUUGAUAAAGAUUUGAACUUAAAAUUCUACUUAAGCAGUGUUGUUGAUACUCCAUCGACUGAUAAUACUCGAGAAGAUGAAGAGAGAAACAUUGACCCACCCCUUCCUUCUCUUGUUCCUAUAGAAGAGGAAAAUAAUCAGAAUGAACUUAGCAAUCAAUUAGCAGCAGAACCUGACGAUGAUCCUCCAAAAUAUUGGGAUAUUUUCAAUCAAGAAGGAAAUACUACUAAUGUAAUUGAACGACAACAACAAGAACUUCUUGUCCAACAUACAUGUAGUGUCACUGAGCAGUCUCCAUCUGACACUAUUGAUCACAGUGAAGACAAUAACAUAAAUACAAUCAGUGCAGCAAACCCUUUAAAUACAGUUGUGAUUCACACCAACCAGGCUGAGAGUGUUCAAUCUGUACCAUUAGAUGAUGUUUUAUUACCACUACCUUCACCAUUGGAAGCGUAUAUGACCUUAUCACUGCAUUCUCCAGAGGUUGAAAGUGUGGGGGCAGUGAAUGAAUGUUCAAAUAGUGCAGACAGUGAUGUUUUACCUCAUGAGACUAUUGAGAAAGAAAAGGAAGAGAUGCAGUCAAGUGAUGAAGAUACAUCAACUUAUACUCCAGAAUCAUCAACUGUUGAAUCACUGCCAAUGUAUGAAUCACUACCAUCAAAAUUUAAGAGACUAAAUGAAAGUCAUGCUCCUAUUAUACUAUCUGCCAUUAAAGACUUAGUUGGCCUCUGGGAUAUUGUAGGAAUUCACCUUGGUAUUGAUAAUGCUGAUUUGGAAAGGAUCAAAUACAGACAUAGUACUGAUGUUGAUCAUUGUAGGACGGAAAUGAUCUUGGUUUGGCUGAGACGUCGCGAUGCAACACGCCACAGAUUAAUUGAAGCACUGAAAGAGGCUGGAAGGUACGAUAUUGCCCACAAAGUAAAAGGGUUAUAAUCAUUAUCUUUUUGCUUAUGAAAUACAGUUUCCAAUUUUUUGUCAUUUUGA